GAUAAUCAUUUUGAAAUAAAUAUGUGCUUAUUUACUUUUAUCCAUUGAGUGGAUUAAUAAUUCUUUCGGCUAGCUUAAUAAUUAGAGCAUUGUACUACACAUGGAAUAGUAUCUGAAACGCAGAAGCCAUCAGGGCUUCAGAAAAGCGUACUGUUUGGGGCGCUGUUUGAAUGGCUAUGUAUUACUACGCAAGUAAAUUAAAUGAAGCCUCCUGCAGUGGAUGCAAUGUAAAGCUGCCGCCGCCACCAGCUGAGCCCGCUCCUUCGCCGCCCGAGCAUUCAUCUAUACCGACCGAUCCAGAAUUACUUCACGGAACUGGUCUUUCAUAUUACGAUAACGAUGCCUACUAUUCGCUUGUAAGGGGAAACAAUUUCAUGUCGGAGAAUAGCUGCAAACACAUGGUAAUGAAUGGUGGCAUAAAUUUCGUCUCUUCCCAAUCAGUAGACCCUCCCCAGCUAACCGCUGUGUUGGCGCCCAAUGUGAAGGCAGGUGAUCCCUACGACAAACCCGACCUUGAGUACAAGGACGGGCACAUAAUAACCGCUACUUUCGACGCGCUGGUCGAAGUGCUACGGCCUGGCGCCAGCAAGCCCUAUGUGUUCACGUUCCUACUAUGCUCACGUUUAUUCGUCAAACCGCACGAGCUGCUGGCCAAGCUCUGCAAGAGAUACUUCAAGAAUUACGAAAAAGUUGGCAAGACGGAAAUGAAGGAACUUAUGGACAGAGAAGUUACCGACAUGAUAGCGCUGGUCCGGGUGUUGACACAAUGGACUUCUAUGUUUCCAUAUGACUUCCGCGAUGAAAGGAUCAUGGCGCUCGUCAGGAACAUCACUCAAAGAUGUGCAGCGGAACACAUGGCACCAAUCAGAACUGAAGUGUCAACUAUGUUGGAAAAGUUGCUCGACAAAUUGACGGCUCUCGAACAAUACGAGGAAACUUUAGUAGCCAUACCACAAGUCAAUCACGUCGAUCAACUUCCAUUGGGGGAUAUCAUCACCCUUGGCUUGACACCAGUGGAACUUGCAAACCAACUCACAAACGUAGAACUGCACAGGCUUUCAUACGUUGGCCCAGAGGAGUUCGUCCAGACUUUUGCGCCGUCUCAACCGGCUCAGUCGACUUCAACGAAAAACAUCAACAUCCAUCACGCGGAAGCGAAAAGUACGAAGAAUCUAGAAGCCUACACUGAUUGGUUCAACCGACUGAGUUAUCUCGUUGCAACAGACAUCUUGAAGGCAGUCAAAAGCAAGUACCGUGCGCGGGUGAUGGAGCAGUGGGUGAUGACAGCCCGAGAGUGCUUUAACUUGGGGAACUUCAACUCGCUAAUGGCCAUCGUAGGUGCCCUUAAUAUGGCACCGAUCGCACGUCUUAAGAAAACGUGGAGUCGAACUAAUGCUGUAUGCGGACAACAGUUGAGGCAACUGGAACUUUGCGUAGAACCCAGUUCCAAUCACGCUAGAUAUCGUGCAGCUUUGGCAGCCGCUCCUACAGAGACUGCGGUGCCCUUACUUUCAGUCACGUGCAGGGAUCUACAUUUCGCAAACCAAGCCACACCUACCAAGAUGACGGGGAACCGUGUGAACUUUGAGAAAUGCACAAUGCUGGCGCGAAACGUGAGCGCACAGCUUGCGUCGCGGCGGCUAAUGGGCGACGGGCCGCCCGUGGCGCCGCCUUCGCCGCACAUGCAUCUGCCUGCCUGGCGCUUCCUGAGCAGCCGGCCCACGCUCUCUGAGCAAGCUAUGGAGUUGACGUCGUUCGAGAGAGAGCCUCCUGUGGAUCAACACGAGAAGGAGCGAUUGAAACGUCUGCGCUGUGCCACAUAAGGGACCUAGCACUAUCCCAUAAGAAAAACAUAGUUCUUAGUUAUAUUCUGUCAGAAUUUCAUUUACGAUGUUAAUAUAUAAUAUUUGAAUGUCUAUUUCCUUCUGGGUGUUACGAUGAAACACUUAAUGUGCUACUAGCGGUUCCCCGCUACUUAAGCGAUCCAAUUUCUAACUACAUACCCCGACUCACCGCGACGACUCAUACGUCUUUCUCGGGCUAUCACAUGCAAUAAGAUUUUUCUUUAAACCGGCUGAUAUCUCCGCGUUCUGAAACAAACUUCCAUCCCCUUUAGGAUUAAAAUUUUAAACCACCCUUUUUUACGAUUAUUUACAGGCAAUUUACUAUUUUAUUUGUUAAACUGAAUCCCAAAUUUUAUACAUAUAUUUUAAAAAUGAAGAACUUUCAUAUACCUUUUUACCCCUAAUUCUAACCAAUCGACAUUUAAAAGGUUAUAAUUACAGACUAUAGCCUUUUUUAUAAAUCGACUUUGCAAAUGUAAAGAUUUUCCAAAUCCGACUGGUAGUACAGAAGAUUAGCCCGUUAACACAAACAAACUCUUUAGCUUUAUUAUUAGUAUAGAUUAAAUAUUUGAUAUGUAUCUAGUAUUGACGACAUUUAACUUUAAAAAGGUUGAAGAAAUCCAAACCA